AUGGAUCAGCGAUGGAAGACAAAGAACGAGAGAGAAAAGGCCCCGGCUUCCCUGGAAACCGCCACGUCAGUGGAACUCCGUCCAUCCAUCGAAUGGACCUCCACCCCCACCGCCCACAUCCUCCGCGUCCGCAUUCCUGGUCUGGUUUCAUCCCCAUCGAUUCUCUGUCAAAUCUUCGACUGCUUUUUUCUAAGUCUUCUUCCCUUUUCUGGUUGACCUAAAAGGUUUUACGAAGGAAGAUCUGAGGGUGCUGAUCGACAGCUCUGGAAGACUCAAAGUCACCGGGAAGAAGACGACGUCUGAAGCCGAAGAAUUCCUAUCUGAAUCCUUUGAAUUACCGCAAGACUCGGAUUCUGACAAGAUCACGGGGUGGUACGAGGAUGACUGUAUCUCCUUGAUCAUCCCCAAGAAGCCAACAGAAAGUAUCAGCUCCCGUAUCGGCGUUCUCGUCGAUGGUGGUGAUGAUGAUGAUGAUGAUGGCGAUGAGAUAGAGGAAGAUCCCGUCCGCGGGGGGGGCAGAGGUGACGGGGAGAAGACUAACCCUAGCGAGAAGAAGAGAAUAAGCUGGGGACAGGGGUUUCAGGAGGUGCUCUCCAAACAUGGUCUGUUGGAGAAGCUGAACCGUAACAAGAAGAUCAUCGCAGUGGCUGUUUCAGCGUUCGCGUUGGGGUUUUAUAUGUCUCGCAAGCUCAGAUCGAGAGCGUAG